AUGGAAGGGUCAUCGAACGAGUCUGCAAGUGGAGGAUCAUCAUCUCAACGAGGCGAAGAGAAAGGAAUAUUCGAAUACUUUGGUUGGGUUUAUCAUCUUGGCGUGAAUUCCAUUGGCCAUGAGUACUGUAACCUUCGAUUCCUUUUCAUCAGGGGCAAGUGCGUUGCCAUGUACAAGCGUGACCCUCACCAGAAUCCUCACAUUGAACCCAUUAGGAAGGGGGUCAUAGGGGCAACACUAAUGGUGGAGGAGCUAGGGCGUCGAAAGGUCAACAAUGGGGAUCUUUAUGUAAUACGCUUUUACAAUCGCUUAGAUGAGACCAGAAAGGGCGAAAUUGCUUGUGCAACAGCUGGAGAAGCCCAGAGAUGGAUUGAAGCAUUUGAUCAUGCCAAGCAACAGGCUGAGUAUGAGCUGUCACGAGGAAUUAGUGCCAGAUACAAACUAAACAAGGAGGCUGAAAUCAAUCUGGAAGGACAUCGACAUUCUGUGAGGCGGUAUGCCUCUGGGUUGAGGAAGUUUAUAAGAAUCGGCCAAGGCCCAGAGACACUCUUACGGCUAUCAUCAAAGUUUUUUGGUGGUUCAGAUGCGUUUGAAGCAGAUUGCGGAGAUGCAUUUGAAGCGCAUCAGUGGAAAUGCGUUCGUACCAUGGCUGGUAUUAGAAUUUUUGAGGAUGUUUCAAAUCACAAGAAUGGUAAGGGUGUCCUCGCUAAGUCAGUUGGUGUUAUUGAUGCAACUGCAGAUAGUGUUUUUGAAGUGUUUUUAAACACUGAACGACAGAAAAGAUACGAGUGGGAUAUGUUGAUGGGUGACUUGGAGCUGGUAGAGUCUUUUGAUGGACAUUAUGAUGUUGUUUAUGGGACAUAUGAUCCUAAGUAUCUAACCCGAUGGCAUUCAAAGCGGGAUUUUGUCUUCUCUAGGCAAUGGUUUCGGGGACAAGAUGGAACAUACACUAUCUUGCAAUUUCCAGCUAUACAUAAGAAAAAGCCUCCAAGAUCAGGAUAUCGACGUACAAAAAUUAAUCCAUCUACAUGGGAGAUUAGAAAUAUGAACACACCUAUGGGAUCAAGUAGACCAAGAUGUUUAGUGACCCACACUUUAGAGAUACACUCUGCAUUCUGGUAUGGAUGGAAGAACAACCAGAGCUCAAAAUUUGAGAAGAGCGUCCCUUAUGCAUUAUUAUGCCAAGUAGCAGGUCUAAAGGAAUAUAUUGGAGCCAAUCCAGCAUUCCACGAACAAUAUUCCACUACUGUUGUUCAUUCCAAAAUCUCUGAUGCUUCUCUGUCCAGUGCCGAAUAUGAAGAUGCAGAAGUCCAGGAUGAGUUUUAUGAUGCAAUUGCUGCUGAAUCCACAUCAGAUGAAGAAAGUGAUGUUGAUGAGGAACUUGAUCAGGAGCAGAAAGUCAAACUAAAGAAUGUUUCAUGGGCCAUCACGUCCUUAGCUUUGAAGCGAACUGCAGCUCCAGAUCAAAGCAAAGAAUUAGAUUCUCAUGUAAGUCCAAUCAAAAUUGAUGCCAGUGACUUGCAAGGUUCUUUGCGCAAAGGAAAGGAUGAUAGUGACACAAACUGCUGGACUUCUCCUAGUGGUGAAAGAUUUAUGAUUAGAGGAAAGAACUAUCUGAAAGAUAAUUCUAAGGUAGUUGGAGGAGAUCCUCUUCUCAAGCUCAUAGCAGUUGAUUGGUUAAAAGUUGAUAAACCUGCAGAUAGAAUUGCACUGAAUCGGAGAAGUCUGGUUCAGUCAGAAGCUGGGAAAAAGCUUCCGUUUAUCCUUGUAUUUAAUCUCCAGGUUCCAGCUAAACCAAACUACAGCUUGGUUCUAUAUUAUGCAUCUGACAGACCUAUAAAUAAAGAUUCUCUAUUGGCUAAGUUUCUGGAUGGAAAUGACAUGUUUCGGGACUCAAGAUUCAAACUAAUUCCAAGUAUAGUUGAGGGAUAUUGGAUGAUCAAGCGAGCUGUUGGAACUAAAGCUUGCCUACUGGGAAAAGCUGUAACUUGUAAAUACUUUAGACAAGAUAAUUUUUUGGAGAUAGAUGUAGACAUUGGAUCAUCCUCUGUAGCCAGGAGUGUCGUUGGCCUUGUUCUGGGAUAUGUCACAAGCCUAGUCGUUGACCUAGCAAUUUUGAUAGAGGCAAAAGAAGAGGCAGAACUGCCAGAGUACAUUCUUGGAACUGUCAGAUUAAACCGCGUAAGACUUGAAUCUGCUGUACCAUUGGAGUUUUGAGGUGUUCUCCCAAUAAGUAUUAUAGAGUGUGGUUCUACUUUAUCAUUUGCCUCAAAUGUUUUCAGUUUCACUGAGGACUCAAAUUAGAAAUGAUACUA